AGGUGUGAGGAGUUUGAUGGUGUGGGUGGUGAAGAAGAGGAAGAGGAAAGCGAGGAAAAGGACAUGGCUUCUGCCUUUUCUGCACCCAUCUGUUCUGAUGGUGCAGGUGGAGCUCUAUUCACCCAUCUCUGCAUGUGUGUGGAGUAGGAGGGAGGGGGGAAGGAAGAAAAGGGAGGGCAGAGAGAAGGAGUGAAGAGAUGAAGGGGUGGGAGGUGGAGGGGGGGCUCCUGGUGAUCUCUCCUGAAGGGGAUAAUAGGAGAGCGACGCAUUGCAAUGGCUGCCGUGUAGCGCCCUCCCUACCCAAUUAGCCAAUCAGCGGUCGCCUCUGACUGGCAGAAGGACACAUAAAAGAAGAACAUUGCAGCAGAGGCACAGAAGGAGACUGUGAAGAGCUGGGAAAUACACACACACACUAGCACGCGCACACACGACAACAGAACCAGAACACCCUCCUCUGGACACACCCUACUGGGGAUCACUGUUCUCUCUCUCUCUUUUUUUUUUUUUUUUUUUUAUUUCUGAACCAUCGCCCACGCCGCACAGGGAGAAAUCUCUCUCGUCCUCAUCAUCAUCCUGAAGAAAAUCCCUUUCUCCUCAUUUUCACUCUGCUUGAGGAACACCUACAAUCAGACGGGCUGAGAAUCCCUGAAGACAAGGCUCUUUUUUUUCUUUUUUUUUCUUUUCAUUUCGGAAAAAAGCGACGUGUUUAAUCGAGCCACGCGUUUUAAAAAAAAAAGGAAAAAAAAAAAAAAAAAAAAAAAAAAGACCAGAGCAAAUCCUCCAGCGAGCCUGAAGAAGACCUGCACAUCGAAGGAGCUAGAUCACUAUCAUCUUUGUACAAGAAUGGUUACUAUAAUCAGCACCAUGGAAACUCAGGUGUCCAACGGUCCGAGCGGAACCAGCAUGCCUAACGGCCCGGUCAUCAGCACCAACGGUGCCACAGACGACAGCAAGACCAACCUGAUUGUCAACUACCUGCCUCAGAAUAUGACCCAGGAGGAGUUCAAGAGCCUGUUCGGCAGCAUCGGAGAGAUCGAGUCCUGCAAGCUGGUCAGAGACAAAAUCACAGGUCAGAGCUUGGGCUAUGGCUUCGUAAACUACGUUGACCCUAACGAUGCCGACAAGGCCAUCAACACGCUCAAUGGUCUCAAACUGCAAACAAAAACAAUCAAGGUGUCCUACGCCAGACCCAGUUCAGCCUCCAUCCGUGAUGCUAACCUCUAUGUUAGCGGACUACCUAAGACCAUGAGCCAGAAGGACAUGGAGCAGCUGUUCUCCCAAUACGGCCGUAUCAUCACCUCCCGCAUCCUGGUGGACCAGGUCACAGGCAUAUCACGAGGAGUGGGCUUCAUACGUUUUGACAAGAGAAACGAGGCCGAGGAGGCCAUCAAGGGCCUGAACGGCCAGAAGCCCCUGGGAGCUGCCGAGCCAAUCACUGUCAAGUUUGCCAACAACCCAAGCCAGAAGACAGGCCAGGCGCUGCUCACCCAGCUCUACCAGACCGCCGCUCGGCGUUAUACAGGACCCCUGCACCACCAGACUCAGCGGUUCAGACUCGACAAUUUACUAAACGCCACCUACGGAGUCAAGAGUUGUCCAUCUCUCUUCCCCAGGUUCUCCCCCAUCACCAUCGACAGCAUGACCACGCUGGCGGGCGUAAACUUGACGGGCCCCACUGGUGCCGGCUGGUGCAUCUUUGUCUACAACCUCUCUCCUGAGGCUGAUGAGAGUGUUCUGUGGCAGCUGUUUGGGCCGUUCGGUGCAGUCACCAAUGUCAAGGUCAUCCGUGACUUCACUACCAACAAAUGCAAGGGCUUUGGCUUCGUCACCAUGACCAACUACGAUGAGGCGGCUAUGGCCAUUGCCAGCCUUAACGGCUACCGCCUUGGUGACCGUGUGCUGCAGGUCUCCUUCAAGACCAGCAAGCAGCACAAGGCUUAAGGAAGAGAGGUGCGGCCUGGCCGUUACCACCCCCCCAUUUAACCUAAAAGGGGGAGGGGGCACUAAGCUUCCCCGCACAUUCACUCUACAUGGGCCUGGACCGAGUCUCUCUUUGACACACAUUUAUCUCACACACACACACAUUACAUGCACAUAUACAACACACAAACACACAUUUAGCCAGAGUCUCCAAAAAUGACAAACACCCAAACAUUUUUGGUUUCUCUUUACAUGACAUGCGAAUCCUUCCCUACAUUUGCCUGGAUUGAAUGAGUAGAAGUGGGUACUCGGUGAGUGGGUGGGGACUGUUUUGCAAGGGACACGGUUUUAAUGAAUGUGACGCAGAAUGUGUGCUAAGUGCUUCGGUUUAAUUCAGGCAAAUUAGAAGAAUCACCGAAUUGAAAACUGAGAUAGAGAUAUAUAUAUAUAUAUAUAUAUAUAUAUAUAUAUAUAUAUAUAUAUAUAUAUAUAUAUAUAUAUAUAUAUUUGCAACUUACCCAAAUUCUUGCCCCAGUAUCUCUCCUGUAUUUAUGGAGAGUAUGUAGUCACUUUUUUUUACACUUGGGCAUUUUGAAUCAGUGGAUUUUUUUUAGAUUUAAGAGGAAAAAAAAAAAAAAAAAAAGAAGAAAAACAGUGUUCUCUCAUAUAUAUUAUUAUAUAACUAUAUAUUCAAUAUUUAAGGUGGUUAUAAUAGCCAAGUAUGUAAGCAUUUUCUAGAACUUUUAUUACGGUUUCCUGGCUUCACCUAUGGUUGCAUUCUAGCUUUAUGGCGCUGUACCGACCCUGAUCUCAAGGUCCAAUCCAACAGCCAGUUUAAUCAUGGGCAUAACAGCACCCACAAGGCUUGAGGUAUAUUAGAAGGUCCUCACAGUCACUUCACUAAACACACAACAAGGCAUCAUAAACGCAAUCACAGAUACAAGCGGGGAAAAAAAAUAAAAUAAAAAAACACACUCACACACAGACACUAACAUAACAAAAACAGCCAAGAUCACACAGUAACCUAGGCCGUCCCUGUAUUUGUCCACUCUAGUUUCUAUAGUUUAGACCAGCUGUCACGGGGAGCAGUUUGGCAGUGUUUACGCGGCGAUGGCGUGUGCGUAAUUCUUUUCAAAAAGGCAAGGGGUACAUCUGGAAUAAAAUCACUUUGCACUAUAACCAAGCUAGACAAGCAAAUUCCAAAACUUCAACAUCAGAAGCGAAAUCUGAUUUCCUGCGAAGGGUGUACCAUGAGGCUGUGUCAGCGUCCGUUUGCAUAAAGGAUGUUUAAAAAAUAAAUAAAUAAAUAAUCUAAAAAUCUAAUGUUAUGAGAAUUAUAGAGAGAUGGGUUUCGUAGCCGCUACCCUUUCUCCACAUGGAUCAACGCACCCUGUCACUCAAACCGAUCAGCUUUGUGCUCCUAACCGGUCUUCAUGCAAACACGGACCACCUACGCCUCAAACACAAGCUAGGAUACUCCAUCCUAACGCCAUCCAUUUUAAGGCGAGGCCGCCUGAUCAGCGAAAUGAUCAGCACUUCAUUCACCUCCACUGAAUAUCUAUUAACACCCCCUUUAAAAAGACGCAAUGAAUGAUGAUGCCCACAUUGCGAACAGAAAGUCGAACGCCCAUAAAAACAAAACUGUUCCAGAGAGAGAUAGAGAGAGAGAGAGAGAGACGUUGCUGUAAAAAAAUAAAAUAAAUAAAAUAAUAAAUGACCAGAUGAGAAUUUAACAUGAACGAGGAGGGUUUAAAAACAUGCAUUUAAACCGAAUGACAUUUUGCUUUUUCUUGAUAAACGCUGUGUUAGCCAAAGAGGACAAUGAUCUCUUUGAAAAUAUGGAUUACAUUAGAGAUUAAUAUAUUUUUAUAUCUACAGAAGAAAAAGAAAAAAAACCACAAAGACCUUGUGCAAACAUUUUUACAGAUUCUUAAAGCGUGGAAUCCUUUGGGACAACACCGCAUGGCUUUUAUUUUUUCCGACUUUUCAGCUCUUAGGGGAGAGAGAGCACCUGACUCUCCGCGGUGUAUGGGAGGGGACUGAAGUGUUGGGGACUUAUAAACGUACAGUAUGUGCAGUGAAACCAUUACGUAGUUAAAAAAAGAAAUAAAACGACAACAAUAACAACAACAAAAAAAGCAAGCAAGCAAGCUCGCAUUACGCUAAAAAAAAUAAUAAAAUGAGAAAAGAAAUCGAUAACGAGACGGAUAAACGUACGCAUUAGGAAUAAAAGAAGUUGCAUUUUCUCUGAAGUUGCUUCAGUGGCGGUGCAGUGAAACCAUACGGUAUAACCAGGGACACUAUUAACUCGCUGCAAUCUGUUCCACAAAGGCUCGAUAUCUGCAAACUGAUAGUGGCACUUUUAUAUCCAAGCAUCUCAUCGUUUUAUUUAUUUAUUUAUUUAGUGGCAGAUUAGAUUCAAAGCUAAUCUAUCGCCCAUGCUUACCAUGCGCAACGCACCAAAGAACGUAUUUAAAUUCGGGAUCCAUUACAGCUGCACAGUUCAUUCUAUUUAUAUACGCGACACACUAGCUUACAACUGGCUAAUUAUAUCCUCCUAUACAUCAUAUCAUGACAACAGUACAUAUCCAUUGCCUGCUAUGACAAUAUUCUUCAUCCUUCUAAGGAUUUGGUUUAGACUCCAGGUCUGGAGGGCCUCUACUCAGCAGAUAAGUACUUAAUUUGUUUGAAGAGUUGGUUCGUUUCCCCCUCCACGGCCUGACCUGCUUCAAAACGUAUCGGAACGGAAACCUCACAUCUUUUUCAUUUCUUAAAGAUGACCUGUAACCUUCACGGCUCAUUUUGCGCUUUAAUAACAACUGGGCACUAACUAACUGAGGAGUCACAGCUUUGUCACCGAUCAUAUCAUAUAUUCUCUCCAAACCUAAAUGUAUAUCCAUGCAUCAUUUCAUCACUGACGUCCACGUCUCUUGCUUGCUCUCUCUCUCUCGGAAAUCCACCCCAUGGCACAUUUUACAUAUUAUUCAAUUACUGCAAGGCUUUUAUUUUGCUUUCACAGCCAUCAUGCACACACACACACACACACACACACACAGACACAUACAAACAUAUUCCGGCCAAUUUUGCCCGCUCUGUUAAUUGGUGAGGUGCCAAUGAAAGGCAGGAUUACCUUAAAGUAAUAUCUCAAGCCUUAGUAACCUGCCUUAUGAAGUUUUUGACUACCCUCCACAUGUAGUGCCGGCAGGGAGACGAGGGGCAACCAGGGCAAUUUUUGUAAUGCUCUUUCGAGGAAGUAGCUGGAGAAGGUUCUGGUGCAGAAAAAGAGCCCUUAGUGAGCCCAUAAACAUACCCACACACACACACACACACACACACACACACACACACACACACACACACACACACA